GGAGCUUCAUAUAGCAAUGGCAAAAGUACAUUGGAUCCACUGAGAGCUGGUGUGUGGUCUUACACAAGAUAUACAUGUGAUCAUUCUCUUCACCCACCCAGCCCUCCGAGGACCCUCACGAUAUUCCCAUAUGGUAUGGCACUUCAUAAAAUGUGUCACAUUACACGUGUGCUUCACCCCUGCAGGAUAGACCGGUGCCUCUGCUUCACAGUAGAGACGUCAGUUAAGCCACAGCAUUGGAGUUACUGGGAAGAGAGGACUCAGACAAGAUGGACAUCAUGUUCAAAGCUUCCUCUCUGCUGCUGCUGCUCCUGACCCUGAGCCUGAAUGUUCAGUUAUACUCAUCAGGACCAAUACCUGCCACAGUUGUUCAGUCUUCUGUUAUUGCCGAAGAACCAGGUCCAGGUCCAGCUGAAGAAGCACCAAUCCCAGUCAUUCCUGUAGAGACUUCAGAAGAUGGACCACAAGAAGAAAAUGCAAACGAAGAAACAACUGUUGUUGAAGAGAGUGCUGGGGAAAAUGCAUCUUCAGAACAGGACGAUGUACCGGAUCCAGAUCCGGCAGCAGCAAUUCCCAUUAUUCCUGUAGGGGCUGCAGAAGAUGAAGAAAAUACAGAAGAAGCGGCUCCAGAGGACACGCUACCGAUAGUCCCUGAUGACCAGGCUGAAGUAGAACCAGGCGCUUCUCAAGAACCUCUUUCUAGUGCACCAGAAGAGGAAAAAUCUGUUUUUCUUAUUCCUCCAGAACCUGAGACCGAAGACUUAGUUCAAGAGGAACCUGUAGGUUUUUUUAUUGAAUAUCCUGAAGAGGAUACAGCUUUCUCAAUAAUCCUGGAGGAUCCCACAACUAAUGAGGAACCCGAAGAACCUGAGACCUAUGAGGACGCUGCGGCAGAGGACACAGCACCUGCAGAGUUACUCCCAGAAUCUCCAGUUGUCAUCGUGCCUAUCCCGAUCGUCUCAGAAGAAAAUGACGAAGAGGAUCCUGGCACUAAUGAAGAACAUCUUCACAGUACACCAGAAGAGGAGGAAUCUUUUGUUAAUGUCCAAGCAGAACUUGAGACAGAAGAGGAAGGUCAAGAGGAAACAGCACCACAAGAAGUAGCCCUUGGAGAACCUGUUGUCGUUCUUGUGGACCCGACUAGUAAGGAACCAGCUCCAAAAGACCCAAUCCUCUUAAUUCACCUGGAGGACCUUGAGCAGGAGGCUCCAGAGGAUGACAUAGAAGAAGAAGAAGAAGAAGACAAAGAAGUUGUCCAAUCAGAUCCUCUUGCGGAGGAACCAGAGGAGAUUCUUCCAGAGAUUCUCGUUAUAGCUGUCACUGAGACCCCAUCUGAAUCUGAGGCCACAGAGAUAGUAUUGGAUCCAGUGGAGGAAGUCCCAGUAGCUGCAACAGAGACUGUAACUGAAGCCCCAGUUGAACCUGUCACAGCCCCUGCACCAACUGUCACUGAUGCAGAGGCAGAGAGAGCUCCUGCUCCUGAAGGUGGCAAUGGCACCAGCAUGACAACACACACAGAGGAUUUUACAGCUGCAGUCACACUGACAGCAAAAGAACCUGCGGCUCAGGUUAACAGAGGGGCAGAGCUCGAAGCAGGAUUUUUCACACUGACGUUUUUUAUCACAAUCGGAUUUCUUUGAACGACUAUAUCCAAGAAGCUGCGGUGAAUAAGAGACACUGAAGUUAAGAUCAUCUGACAAAGCUGAGCAAGGUUCCCUGCCUCAGAUCUUCACUAAAGAAAAGCCAGCUCCAAAGUUUGCACGGCCAGAAUGCAACUAAAAUAAUGGAAACCAGUGGUGGAGGAAGAAAUACUGAGAUCUUCUACUUGAGAAGAAGCAACACCUUAAUAUAAAAAUAUUCCACUACAAGCAAAGGUCCUGCAUUCAUGUUUUACUUAAGUAGAAAUAUGGAAGUAUUAUCAUUAUCAGCAAAAUGUACUUAAAGUAUCAAAGGUAAAAAUGGUAAUUCGACAACAGAAUGACCCCUGACGCAUUAAUAUGUAAGAAGCAUUUUCCUCUUGGUUUUUGGUGGAGCUAAUCUUAACUACAUAUAUACUACUGUGUAGUUUUCUUAUAAACAGUCAGUAUUUCUCAACAAAACGCAUUGUGUAUCCUCAAGGUCUCAUUCUUUAAAAAAAAACAUUUGUGAGGUUGAUUUUUUAUAAGUUUAUGUCCAUGUUUACUUCACUGCCUCCACACAUUUCUACUCUUCUUUGUGGCAAUCAGCAAAAAAAAAAAAAAACAGCCUGAAACCAGAGGCAGGAAUGCGUCUUUGUGCAAACAAACAAACAAAAGAGGGACCUGUUUGUGAAAAUAUUACUCCACUGCGCUACUAGUGGUCAAAAACUCAACAGGGUACCUUUAAUGUAUGGCAAUGCAUCAUGUUUUACAGACUGAUUGUAGGUUUUAUAUGUAAAAUCUUAAACUGCAAAGUAACUGCAAGUGUCAGAUAAGUGUAGUGGAGUAAAAAGUACAAUUUUCCCUCUGAAAUGCGGUGGAGUAAAACUAUAUAUCAAAGCACUUGACUUCAACACCGUGUCUUGACCUAUGCAAGCUGUGGCAUGGCUAUUAUAAGCAGAUUAUUAGCUACUUGAGAAGGUGAUAACAUACUAGUAUAAAGGGUUGUGCAUAUAUCAGGAUGGUAUAGCAGUGCUUUUUGAGGAAUGCGAGCAUGUGACCAACCUUACAUAAGCAGGUCGUAGUUCUCCAUAAAAUGUGAUGUGUAAGCAUUUAUGAAUGUUGCGAUUCAUCUGCGUGAUCAUGAUUUGAUUUUGAAAUUUAUGGAUGAUGAUAACUUUCAUGCGCUUGUGAUUUUCCUUGCCGAGCUCUUUGAACGCUGAGCGCAAUAAUGAGUAAUGGUUAGUGCAGGUAUAGUGAAUAAUUUCCUUCUUUUCUUGAGAACAGGUCAAAAAUCAAACAUUGUCCAGCCUUUAAAUCACAAAAUGUCCUUCAUGCACAGCACAUGUAUUUCAGCUGGCCUCAUGGUUCAUACAUGCACACAUCCCACCACCACUAUUAAAAAGCGCACACCUCCCACAUGCUGUGUAAGAGCAAGUGGACCUAUCACUUUUCCUGUUCUGUCAUGCAGCAUGAGACGGAGAGCUCUCCUAUCAAUCACACUUUGGCAUGCUGCAGCACCAGCUAUAUGUUCACGGCUCAUCCUGCACACAGUAAAUAUUUUUAGGAUGGUAAGCGGCGCAUGAUGUUCCACAUGAAUGCUUUCAACUGUGUUCUGUACCAAACCUGCACCCAAGUGGAGAACAGCUACAACAACCUUUGUAACUGUUGCCACUUUUAAUUGCACUUGUUUUAAAGAGUCUGUAUGAAAUAAAUGCUGAUUUUUUGCAAAGA